AUGUUGGAUCACAUAGUUGGUAAGGAAUAUUAUUGUUUUCUAGGUGGUUAUUCUGGUCAUAACCAAAUUGUUAUUAUCCCUGAAAAUCAAAAUAAGACCACAUUUACAUGUCCUUAUGACAUGGUGGAAACAUGUUUAGAGGUAUUUAUGGAUAAUUAUUUUAUUUUUGGAAAUAAUUUUGAUGAUUGUCUUUUAAAUCUUGCUAGGGUACUCAAGAGAUGUGAAGAAACAAAUUUGGUGCUCAAUUGGGAGAAAUGUCACUUCAUGGUGCAAGAAGGUAUUACUCUUUGGCACAAGAUCUUUAGUAAUAUUCCUACCAUUGAGGUAGAUAAAGUAAAAAUGAAAACCAUUGAGAAGUUACCAUCUCCAUUAAAUUUCAAAGUUGGGACAAAGGUGAUACUAUACACUGACCACUCAACUAUCAAAUAUUUCAUUGCCAAGAAAGAUGCUAAACCAAGAUUGAUAAGGUGGAUUCUUUGGCUUCAAGAAUUUGAUCUCAAGAUUUGUGAUAGAAAAAGAACAAAAAAUCAAGUGGCACACAACCUCUCAAGAUUAGAGAUUGAAGUUGAAGAUAAAAAUUCAACCCAAAACAAAGAGACUUUUCCCGAUGAACAAAUCCUUCAAGUUGGUAAGAAACCAUUUCCUUGGUAUGCUGAUCUUUGCCAAAUAGUGGGAACUAUCUCAAGGCAACAUGAGAUGCCUCUCAACAACAUCCUUAAGAUAGAAAUUUUUUAUGUAUGGCGUAUUGACUUCAUGGGAAUGGCACCGAAACGAUCCAAACCAAGCUCAAGUGGUGCUUUCGAUAGAUCGAAGUUCAUCUCAGUCGAUGCCUCUGCGAGAUAUCUUGAGCAUGUUGAUGGCACUAGUUUUGUUUGUGGCAAACAAGUCCCUUUUCACAGUCAAGCUAUCAACACAUUCUUUAGAACUCCUAAUAUUGAGAAUGGUGAAUAUGGACAUUACUUGGGUGAUCAUCAAGAUUGUAAUGAGAUUAUAUCAAUGCUUUGUGUUAAGGGAGCUCAAUGGAAGAUAUCACAUGAUAAAUCUAUUGACAUUGGUAAGGUUAUCUCUCAUGCCAUCUUACAUACAAGCCGCACUAAACGAAAUGGUAUCGAUUUUCUUUCCUUGAUCACUGCAUUACGUGCAAGAACUGGUGUGCAACAGAAGGAUAAGGAGGAGUUGCAACAACCGAAAAUUCCCAUCACCAUGGCCAUUCUUAAACAAUUGCAAGAGUUUGCACCAGUGGUUAAUAGUUCUUCUCAAACGGCCACCCCACCUGCACAAGCAACUACCACACGCAGUGUUGCUCAAUGGAUGGAGGCAUUGAUCAUCAACGAGACUGUUACAAAAGGCAAAAUUGAGCAAUUAAACAACUGA